CGUCAUGUACGUAAUGCCCAGCCAAGAUGGCUGACAGCAUUCCGUUAAAUCCGGUGCGGAAGAACUCGAAGAGAAACCCGUAUUACAACUCAGCCAGACUUUCGAGGUAUUCUUCAGAAGAUGAGCCGUCUAACUUGGAUGAGAUGCCUCUGAUGAUGUCUGAGGAAGCCUUUGAGAAUGACGAGAGCGACUACCAGACUCUGCCUCGAGCCCGAGUCAACCAGAGACAGCGAGGCCUGGGCUGGUUCCUCCUGGGAGGCUGGAAAGUCCUGUGUGGCAGCUGCUGUGACUGUCUGGCCCAUAUAUGUCGGAGGAAGAAGGAGCUGAAGGCCAGGACAGUCUGGCUCGGCUGUCCAGAGAAAUGUGAGGAGAAGUACCCCAAAAACUCCAUCAAAAACCAGAAGUACAACAUCUUCACCUUCGUGCCUGGGGUUCUCUAUCAGCAGUUCAAGUUCUUCCUCAACCUCUAUUUCCUCGUGGUGGCCUGUUCCCAGUUCGUGCCGUCGCUGAAAAUCGGGUAUCUGUACACGUACUGGGCGCCUCUGGGUUUCGUGUUGGCCGUCACGAUGGUGCGGGAGGCUGUGGACGAAGUGCGACGAUGCCAGCGAGACAAAGAGAUGAACUCUCAGCUCUACAGCAAGCUCACAGUGAGAGGUAAAAUCCAAGUGAAAAGUUCAGACAUACAAGUUGGAGACAUGAUCAUUGUUGAGAAGAACCAGAGGAUUCCUGCCGACAUGAUAUUCCUGAGAACGUCCGAGAAAACCGGAUCGUGCUUCAUCAGAACAGAUCAGCUGGACGGAGAAACCGACUGGAAGCUGAAAGUUGCCGUUGGAUGCACGCAGCGGCUGCCAGCCGUGGGGGACCUCUUCUCCAUCAGCGCCUACGUCUACGCCCAGAAGCCUCAGCUGGACAUCCACAGCUUCGAGGGGAAUUUCACCAGGGAAGACGCAGAUCCACAGAUUCAUGAGAGUCUGAGUAUUGAAAACACUCUUUGGGCCAGCACGGUUGUUGCAUCUGGCACGGUGAUCGGGGUGGUGAUCUACACAGGCAAAGAGACCAGAAGCGUACUGAACACGUCCUAUGCCAAGAACAAGGUCGGUCUCUUGGACUUGGAGCUGAACCGCCUCACCAAGGCCCUCUUCCUCGCCCAGGUGGUUCUGUCCGUCGUCAUGGUGGCGCUGCAAGGGUUUGUGGGUCCCUGGUUCCGAAACCUCUUCCGCUUCGUUGUGCUUUUCUCCUACAUCAUCCCCAUCAGCUUACGUGUAAACCUGGACAUGGGGAAGUCUGCGUACGGCUGGAUGAUCAUGAAAGAUGAAAACAUCCCCGGUACGGUCGUGAGAACCAGCACCAUCCCUGAAGAGCUGGGCCGUUUGGUCUACCUGUUGACGGACAAGACAGGAACUCUGACGCAAAAUGAAAUGGUGUUCAAGCGGCUGCACCUGGGGACGGUGUCGUACGGCAUGGACACCAUGGACGAGAUACAAAGCCACAUAAUCCAGUCGUAUUCACAGUUGCCUUCCCAGCCAGCCGGUGGCAGUGCGAGCAGCACCACGCCGUCACGGAAGACCCAGUCGGCAGGUCCCAAAGUGCGAAAGAGCGUCAGCAGCCGCAUCCACGAGGCCGUGAAGGCCAUCGCUCUGUGCCACAACGUCACGCCCGUGUACGAGUCGCACGCCAGCGUAAAUGGAGAGACGGAGUCCGCAGAGGCCGACCAGGACUUCAGUGACGACAACCGCACGUACCAGGCGUCCAGUCCAGACGAGGUGGCGCUGGUGCGGUGGACAGAGAGCGUCGGCCUGACCCUGGUGAACAGAGACCUGACCUCUCUGCAGCUGAAGACUCCGUCCGGACAGAUCCUCUCCUUCUACAUCCUGCAGAUCUUCCCCUUCACCUCCGAGAGCAAGAGGAUGGGCAUCAUUGUGCGGGAGGAGUCGACAGGAGACAUCACUUUCUACAUGAAGGGCGCCGACGUCGCCAUGGCGAGCAUCGUCCAGUAUAACGACUGGUUGGAAGAAGAGUGUGGAAACAUGGCCCGAGAGGGUCUGAGGACCCUGGUGGUGGCCAAGAAGUCUCUGUCUGAGGAGCAGUAUCAGGACUUUGAGAAUCGCUACAACCAGGCGAAGCUGAGCAUCCACGACCGAGCCCUGAAGGUGGCCGCGGUGGUGGAGAGCCUGGAGCGGGAGAUGGAGCUCCUGUGUCUGACCGGCGUGGAGGAUCAGCUGCAGGCGGACGUCAGGCCCACGCUGGAGCUGCUCAGAAAUGCCGGCAUUAAGAUCUGGAUGUUGACUGGAGACAAGCUGGAGACAGCGACAUGCAUCGCCAAAAGUUCCCACUUGGUGUCCAGAAACCAAGACAUCCACGUCUUCAAACCGGUGUCCAACAGAGGAGAGGCCCAUCUGGAGCUCAACGCCUUCAGGAGGAAACAUGACUGUGCUCUGGUCAUCUCCGGAGACUCCUUAGAGGUGUGUUUAAGGUAUUACGAGCAUGAGUUUGUGGAGCUGGCAUGUCAGUGUCCGGCAGUCGUCUGCUGCCGCUGCUCCCCGACCCAGAAGGCCCAGAUCGUGCGGCUGCUGCAGCAGCACACGGCCAACAGAACCUGCGCCAUAGGCGAUGGUGGAAAUGAUGUCAGUAUGAUUCAGGCUGCAGACUGCGGAAUCGGGAUUGAAGGAAAGGAAGGGAAGCAGGCGUCGCUGGCCGCAGACUUCUCCAUCACUCAGUUUAAGCACAUCGGUCGUCUGCUCAUGGUUCACGGCAGGAACAGCUACAAACGCUCUGCUGCUCUGGGACAGUUCGUCAUGCACAGAGGGAUGAUCAUCUCCACCAUGCAGGCUGUCUUUUCUUCUGUGUUCUAUUUUGCCUCCGUGCCCUUGUACCAGGGUUUUCUUAUGGUCGGGUAUGCUACGAUCUACACCAUGUUUCCCGUCUUCUCCUUGGUUUUGGACCAAGAUGUGAAGCCGGAGAUGGCGCUGCUCUACCCAGAGCUUUACAAAGACCUCACCAAGGGGCGUUCAUUGUCCUUCAAGACUUUCCUCAUCUGGGUUUUGAUCAGUGUCUAUCAAGGCGGCAUCCUCAUGUACGGCGCCAUGGUGCUGUUCGAGUCGGAGUUCGUGCACGUGGUGGCGAUCUCCUUCACGGCGCUCAUCCUGACCGAGCUGCUGAUGGUGGCGCUCACCAUCCGGACGUGGCACUGGCUCAUGGUCGUGGCCGAGUUCUUCAGCCUGGGCUGCUACCUCGCUUCGCUCGCCUUCCUCAACGAGUACUUCGGCAUAGGCAGGGUGUCCUUUGGAGCUUUCCUUGACCUGUCCUUCAUCACGACCUGGCCUUUCCUGUGGAAGGUGUCGGCCAUCACGCUGGUCAGCUGUCUUCCUCUCUACAUCAUCAAAUACCUGAAGCGCAAGUUUUCGCCUCCCAGCUACUCCAAGCUGUCGUCGUGAGCCCGGCGGAGGCCCGGACGCUCCGUGCGUCGGUAUUUUGGACGCGCUCGGUAUUUCCUUAGCACUUUGUCUUCACUCCCUGAUCCUCGGCGAAGGACGGGAGCCACUGGAACAAUCCAAGCACUGGCAGACGUUCACUGCUCUCCGGGUUCGCGUCACUGGGACUUGGGAUUUACUUGAAAAGAAGGAGCACAUAGUGAAAGACUUGAAGAGGUGGGUUCAGCCCCUGGCGGCUGCACGUCGAAGGCCUGAAACUCUCGACCCCGGUUUUUUUUCCACCAAGGGUCAACCUGCCUUCUGCUUUCAAAGCAUUUGAACCAAUCAGCUUCGUUUUAUACGGUCUCGGAUGUAUUUCUUUCCAUGUUUCACUUUUUAUACGUACGUGGUGUUCAGACGUUUUUUUAAGUGUUCUUUUUUAUGGAGAGGUGUUGAUUCACACUUGCUGGCCUGCGCCUUUGUACAGUCGCUGCGAGGGAGAAAGAAAAAAAAAACAGUUGUUUUCGUUGUGCGACUGUAAAUAAAAUCACUACCUGCAGCUUUGGUUGCGACCGUCAAUGUAAAGCCACACUGUACAGAUGUGCAUUAACCAAAAAAAAAAAAAAAA